AUGAAGUUGUUACACCACUUGGUCUCGCUAUUUGGCCUGCUGCUGGUAGGCAGCUUUUGUCGAGCUGAGCCAGUUCAAUACUGCCAAUUCGGCCAUGAUCAUGAUGCCAAAGACCAAGUAGAUUUCUGUCUGGGCCUUUCCACUCACCUUAACUUUUCCACCAACGCCCACGACAUCUACCUCAGUUUCUCAGUCACCCACGACUCGAAUCUCGGGUGGACAGCCAUCGGCGCCGGUUCUCAAAUGGCCGGCUCCCUCAUGUUCAUUGCCUACGGUGAUCCAGGCUCCGGUGAAAAUCCAGUGCUAAGUAUCCGAACCGUCGAUGGUCAUCACCAGCCUCGCCUGGUGACGCCCGACGACAUGGACGGAGCCGAUCUCCGCCUCCUGCAAGCCGCGUGGAUGUCUUCCUCGCCAUCCGCACAUCAUGAACAAUACGCCCUCUCCACCAGCCAGCGGGCCCAGUCCGCCCAUUUCUCUUUGAUCUGCUACUCCUGCGCUCGCUGGCCUACAACCCCCAUCGUCCCUCUCUCGUCUUCCCAGCCCUGGAUCUGGGCCUGGAAUAAUGAGCAAAAGUUCUCCGUUUACAGUUUCGACGCUCCAUUGGAUAUGCACGCCCACCACCCCGGCAACGGCGGCUGGGGUCGCUUCUACGUUGACAUGGCCCGAUCCCUCACCCAGCCAGGCUGUUACUACCCUUCCUUUCCACCUCUACGGCCCAAUAUCAAGACCGUGGGUGCCUCGGAUACCCCAAUUGGUGUUGCGGGUAUAACGAUUGCAGCGGGGAAUACUUGGCGCAAAUUUCAGGCCACAGCACCCCUACAGCGUGCCCAUGGGAUCCUAAUGUCGAACAGCUUUCUCCUCCUUCUUCCUGUCGGUGUGCUAGCUAUGCGUAGUGAUUCGCCACGCUCAUUUACCUACCACUGGAUCAUGCAGGGGCUAGCGACUACCUGUCUGCUGGUCGGGGCGGGCACCGGUAUCGCCUUAAGUCAAGCACAUACUCCAGCGCCCAGUCAUGGCCAUGACAAACGCCAUGAUGCCGGUUCUGCGACCGCAUCGGCCAUGUUCACUGCCCAUUUUUGGCUCGGUGGGACAGUCGUGGCGUUUCUGCUCGUGCAAAUCACAUUAGGUUGGUGGCACCAUAUCAUUUUUGUUCGCAUCCGCUCUGGGACAUGGGUGUCGUACGCGCAUAUCUGGCUCGGUCGGUUGGAGAUGGUCGGGGGCUGUGUAAAUCUCUUGAUCGGAAUGGCGUUAGCGGGAUACGACUCGCUAAGUAUCGAGGUGGUGGCGGGGCUCAUCUUGAUAGAGGCGCUGGGUCUGGCAUUUUGGGUCUCUUAUCGGGCUCAAGUGGUUGCCAGAGCCGCUAGUAAAGGCUGA